AUCCACGCGUCGCAGCCUCGUUGGCCGGGUUCGCGCCGCUCGACUUUUCCACGGUCAAACCUCGCUUGCACGCUCCGCGACCGCAGGAAAUCCUCCUCCUCUCCCCCGUUCGGCCGCAGCGCACCACCGGCCGUCGGAUCCCCGGCGUCGGCUCGUCUCCGCGCCCCGCCCGGCACCGUCCGUUCGCGCCCCACCGAGCCGCGUUGCGCUUGCUCGCUGGCUCUUGACUCGAGCCAGUGCACUGCCUUGACCGCUUGAUGAUGAUCGAUGAUCCUCCCAUAAGACGUCCUCGCUGCCCUCCGCCCACGUUUCCCAUUUCUCUACUACAUACGUGACGUGCUUUUGGCUUUGGCCUCGCUGCUUGCUUGCUCGAUAUGAUCACCAUGGACGAUCUGAUGAGCUGCGGCGGCGGCGACAGCGGCGGCGGCGGGGCUUCGGUGGUUCCUGGCGGCGACGGGCAGGCGACGAGGCCGCGGCCGCGGCAGAUGAUGAUGGAGGCGGUGGGGGACCACCAGCUGACGGUGUCCAGGAUCCGGACGGCGGUGUCCGUGCUCGGCCGCCGCACGGGCCACGCGCGCUUCCGCCGCGGCCCCGCCGCCGUCGUGGUGGAGCACCCGUCGUCGUCGCCGGACCACCAGCAGCCGUCGGGGAGCGUGGCGGCGCCCGGCGUGGUGCUCGACCUGGUGGACUUCGUCAAGGGGCGCGGGCGGCGCGACAAGGCGGCGUUCAGCGCGUCGGCCUCGGGGGGCAGCUCAUCGCUCCCCUCGACGACGACACUGACGAGCCUCACCGCCGGCGAAGGGAGCGUGUCCAACGGCCGGUUCCCUCCUGUGGGGGGCGGCCACGCUGCCGGCACGCCGCGGCCGCCGGCGGUGUCGAUGCUGCAGCAGCCUGCUGCCCCCGAUUACCACUACACCCCCGGCGCCGCGCCGGGAAGCAAGUGCGCCGGCCGCGCGCGCUCCGAGAACGACGCCGGCAAGGCGCACGCCGGCCGCUGUCACUGCUCCAAGAAACGCAUGCCAUGGCAGGAAGUCGCGCGUGAGGCGUGUGGUCCGCGUGCCGGCGAUCAGCUCCCGGAACGCCGACAUCCCGCCGGACGACUACUCCUGGCGCAAGUACGGCCAGAAGCCCAUCAAGGGCUCGCCGUAUCCGCGCGGGUACUACAAGUGCAGCACGGUGCGGGGGUGCCCGGCGCGGAAGCACGUGGAGCGCGACCCCGGCGAGCCGGCGAUGCUCAUCGUCACCUACGAGGGCGACCACCGCCACGACGGCCAGCAGGGCCGGGGGGACGCCGAUGCCGCCGCGGCACCGCCGGAGCACAUGUCGACGACCAAGUGAAGAACGAAGUUCAUUCCAAGUCUCCGGCCCCUUUACCUUCUGCCCAGUAGAAAUUAAAUUUCUUGGAGUAGUCUCUGUAGUUUUUCUUCCUUCCGGCCGGUUCGGACUCUGAACCGGUUCGGUGGUGUCACGUCGCCGUCGCUUGUAGAGGAAGUUCAGGGGAACCAAAGACAUAUAUGACACGGUGUUUGAAAUUUUGACCAUGAAAUGCAUGUAAUAACUUGUCAAGGUUUGUCAAGGCCUGGGUUGUCAAGCU